AUGGCGGCGGCGGUGGCCGGGGCCGCCCUGCUGGGCAAGGGGCUGGACAUCAGCCUGGCGGCGCUGCAGCAGCACGACCCCUACAUCAGCAGCAUCGUGGACGUGGCCAGCCAGGUGGCGCUCUACACCUUCGGGCACCGCGCCAACGAGUGGGAGAAGACAGAUGUGGAAGGAACGCUGUUCGUUUAUACAAGAUCAGCUUCUCCAAGGCAUGGCUUCACAAUUAUGAACAGGCUGAGCAUGGAAAAUCGAACGGAACCAAUUACUAAAGACCUUGAUUUCCAGCUGCAGGACCCUUUUCUACUUUACAGAAAUGCCAGAUUGUCCAUAUAUGGGAUUUGGUUUUAUGAUAAGGAAGAAUGCCAAAGAAUUGCAGAGCUCAUGAAAAACCUAACUCAGCAAGAGCAAUUGAAAGCACAGCAGGCCACAGGAACAGGAGUGUCCCCUAUGGUCACGAAUUCUGCUAAUAACAAAGAAGUGGAUAUCUUACGGAUGCUUACCAAGGCCAAAGAUGAGUACACUAAGUGUAAGACCUGUUCUGAGCCAAAACAAAUAACUAGUUCCUCUGCAAUCUGUAGCAACCCCAACCUAAUCAAACCAAUUCCAGUGAAGCCUAGUGAAAAUCAACAUCAACGAAUAUCUCAGCAAAGCAAGAAUGCGGAUCCUGAACCACAACACUUGUCUUUGACAGCCCUGUUUGGAAAACAAGAGAAAACAGAUGUCACAGAACCACUUAAUAAACAGCAUCAAGAGAACCUUCCUGUUAGGCAGGGUGUGGUACGUUCUCUGUCCUAUGAAGAACCUAGCAGGCAUUCUCCCUGUGCAGAGAAACAGCUUUGCCCUGCUAUUCAAAAGCUGAUGGUGCGUGGGACAGACCUUCACCCGCUUGCUGAGUUUCCUGAGAACCGACUCUGUGAAAAUGGCAAUAUCCACCCUGUGGGUGAGACCUUCACAGGACUCUUCCAGCCUGUGACUUCUCGUGGCAUUGCAACAUCUCACGUAGUUCAGGAUGCUGCUGGUACUCAGAGCUUGUUACAGAAAUUGCAGAGUCAGUCAGGGUCGAUGACUAAAAUGGAUCCCAGUGCAACAGGAUCUGUGAACUCAACGGCUUCUGUGUUCAGCAGGACUCCUGCUGCUGUUGGAGCACCAGCAGCACAGAUGAAUAAUGUGACCCAGCCACCUUUGGUAUAUUUCAAUGGUUCCCUGCCAGGUCAGACUUUAGAGUCUCAGACGCUUGGUAAAGAACAGUCCAAACUUCCUAGACAGCCAGUUUCUCUCUCUGGCAAUCAGACAGCCAAUUCUGGGGUGAUAUCACCUCAGGAGUUAUUGAAGAAGCUCCAGAUCGUGCAACAAGAACAGUUGCAUGUAUCCAGCAGACCAACCUUGGCAGCUAAGUUUCCUGUUGUUACUCAGAACACCAACACCUUGAAACCACUGGAUUCCUGGAUAGAAAAGGCACCGGGUACGGAAAAGCAGAGCUCUCUCUUUCAGGUAAUCUCACCUCAGCGCAUUCCUGCCACUGUGACUCCUACCUUAUUGAUGUCCCCAAUGGUGUUCACUCAGCCCACACCUGCUGCACCAAAAGCCAAUGAAAGUGGGCUGUUAGCAGCAUCAAACCAAGAACCUGCUGCCAGCUCUGCUAACCUUCUCCUACCACUGCAAACCCCAGAGCCACCUGUGAUGACCAGCAGCUCAGUGACAAAGAUGCAGCUGCAGGAAACACUUCUACACCUGAUCCAGAACGACGACAAUUUCUUAAACAUUAUUUAUGAAGCGUAUCUCUUCAGUGUGAGAAAGGCAGCAAUGAAGAAAUCCAUGUGAAAGAUGUUUUGUUGGUUUAAAAAAAAAAAAAAAAACAACGAAAUUUUACUUCCUGAAUCCCAGGAAAAAAAGGCUUCCAAAUUUUCAACUAAUGUUACAUUUAAAGAAAUGAAUGGUCUUGGGUGCUUUGCAUACACACAGAAUUUGCUUGUUAGCAAGUGGGUGGAAAUGGAUUGUACCUUCAGGGAGAGGAGUGUCACAAUGCUGAAGACUUAAUUGCAAAAUAUUUUUCGUAGACUGGCCCAUACUUAGAAUUGGUUUUCCUGCAUAAAGUCACCGUUCUCAGAGUUCAGUUUCGUUUUUGACUUACAGCAUGGUUAUUCAUUGACUGGGUGCGUUUCCUCCAAUAUCACGUGCGACUUCCACGAUGAACGAUGCCCGUUUCUGACCACAUGGUGGCAAUGUUGGACUUUUUUUUAGGAAAGUGAAAAUCGGUGAAAUUUUGGAACUGAAAGUCUUAGGUAAACUGUUAUGUCACCUCACUUAGUUGUCUGCAGAGAGAUUUAGAAGAAAUGUCAUGACUAUCCCCCAAAAUUUUGUAGAGAAAUCUUUUUCUAUUUUAACAGAAAUAUUUUUAGCUAGCUGUAGAACUCUGCAGGUGUUUUGAUGAACUAGGGGGGAGGGUUUUGUUUGUGAAUGUACUUGCUAUCAGCAUAGCUUUGGGGUGGCACUGGAUUCAUGUUUCUAUUACUCCAGAUCCAAUCUGCGUUACUGUAAGCAA